AUGAACUAUGCUAUGAUUGAGUUAGAGUGUCUUGGACUGGUAUUUGGCUUGAAGAAAUUCCACCAGUGGGUGUAUGGGAAAAAAGUCAAAGUAGUUACAGACCACUUACCAUUGAUAGCUAUAUGUAAGAAACCCUUAUUUGCUGCACCUGUUAGGUUACAGCGGCUGCUCUUAAACAUUUCACAGUAUGAUAUAGAUGUCACUUAUAGGCAGGGAACUCAGAUUCCUUUACCAGAUACUUUGUCUAGAUUUCCGGUAAAGGAUACAGAUCCGUCCCUGACGGAAACUGUAGAAGUCCAGGUUAAUAUGGUCAAAAGAAGCUUACCGGUAAGUGACCGGAAAUUACAAGAAAUCAAGGUCAAUACUGACAGGGACGAACAACUUUUGUCCCUGAAGCAAGUCAUUAUUGAAGGUUGGCCUGAUGAAAGAAAUCACUGCAAGUCAGAACUGCUAGAUUUCUGGAAUUACAGGGAUGAGCUUACCGUCAUGGAUGGGGUAAUAAUGAAGGGUCACAAAAUUGUUAUUCCUAAAUCCCUAAGGGCAGACUUAUUGUCAAAACUACAUUCUUCAAGUCAUAUGGGAAUAGAGAAAACAAUAAGUAGAGCAAGUGAUAUUGUUUUCUGGCCUAGAAUCACCCAGGAAAUUAAAGAUCUCGUUCUGAAAUGUCCUGUAUGUUUGCAACACAGAGACUCAAACCAGAAAGAACCGCUUGUCUACACCCAAGUUCCAGAAUACCCAUGGCAGGUAGUUGGCACAGACCUAUUUGAGUUCAAUGGCAAAGACUUUUUGAUAGUCGCUGACCAUUAUUCACAUUACUUUGAGGUCAAAGAGCUGCCUAACUGUAGAAGUUCGACAGUUAUAAGUAGGCUCAAAGGCAUAUUUGCUAGAUUUGGCAUACCAGAAAUUGUAGUAUCUGAUAAUGGGCCAUGCUAUGCAUCUCAUGAGUUUGCAAACUUUGCAAAGCUCUGGGAUUUUACACACCAGACCACAAGUCCCUACCACAGCUCCGGUAAUGGUUUGCGGAAGCGUACGUGA